UCUCGCUGCUGCCCGGCAGGGGGCGCUGUGACACGCCUCGCCUCCUGAGAGAGGAUCUCCCGAUCAAAACAACACGGGUGAAGAAGAAGCAGAAACUAGCGAUAAAGGUAUUGUCAAAUAACGCUAUCGCUCAUCAAACAUUACACAGCACAUAAGUUUAAAACUGCCUAACGUUUCCUGAAUGAAAUAUUGAACCAAAGAAGAGGAAUCUGUGAAGAGUUGAUGGACUCGGUCCAAGUACACCGCUAAAACAAGAAACUGCAGCCUCAGUUCAGCCGAACUCACAGGACAUGAAACUUUGGAUAUAAAACACAUGGAAGAAAAUGUGGAUGUCAAAGCCCUCCGGGCCAAGUUUCAUGCUCAGUUGGAGGCGUCCGGAUCCGGAGGAGGAGUUUCCGGCGUCAGACCUCACGAGCCUUUAACCAAUGGAGUGCUCCGAAACAAGCCUUCAGCUGUGCCUCCCCGAGCGAUCGUGCCUCUGAACUCUUCGAGUGAACCAAAGAUGCUUCACUCGGGCCCUCAGGGUGUGUUUCCAAGACCUCCUCCGGCUCAUCGCUCCGGAGCCCAGGACGGCCCCAGACCGGGCCCCGUGGAGGGCAGCUCGCCGAGCCGAGUCCGGCUGACAGGAGAGCUUCUUCAGAGCAAGAUCCUGAGACAGCAGAGCGACAUGAAAGUGUGUUCUCCCUCCGCUGUCAGACCGCCUCUGCCGGGCCAGCGCAGCGUCUCCGAGGUGGUGCCGCUGAGGAAGCCGCUUCCCCACGUCGGGCCUCGACCCGCCAAACCCAAGCGGCCUCCGUCCGUAAACCUGGAGCACUUCCGGAAAAAAGCCCCUCUCGUUCUUCCCAAAAGACCAACGGAGCCACAAUGUCUGAAAGGACCAGCAAGACCGCCGAAUAAACCGUGGACUCCGUCGUUGGCAGAAGAAGAUGUGCAGGAGACGUAUGAUGACAUCAGCGCACUCCCCCCUCCCCCUCCCCCUCCCCCACCCCCCAAGCCAAGAGACUCGUGGACUGACGGCUACCCUUCUCAGCACGAGGACAGCGAUCAAGACAUCUAUGAAGACCCAGACUUACCUGUUCCUGCCGAGAGGAGAGUCUUUAAAGAGAUUAAAAAGGUGGAGCUGGACAAGAAAGAACUGAAGGAAAAGCAGAAGCGGGAAAACGAGUAUAGAAAAAAGUUUAAGCUGGACGGACCCAUCGAGGCGAUACACACGGCCCGUGUGCGCGAGGACUGGCAGGGCGGGAAGAGUGACCUGAUGGUGCGGCAGGGCGAGAGCGUGGAGAUCAUCCGCGUCAACAACAACCCCGAGGGGAAAUGGCUGGCGCGAAACCUGAGGGGCAGCGUGGGCUACAUCAGUAACUCGUGUGUGGAUGUGGAUUAUGAGGAAGUGAAGCGUAAGAUCCGUGGCCAAGCCGCCCCGUCUGCGGACCCAGAAUGCUACGACGACAUCGGCUCCAGCGGCGCGCACGACAGCAGUUUCCACAGCGACGAUGUGUAUGAUGAUGUGGACCAAGAGUUUCCUCCUCCUCCCCCAGAGAUCAGCCAUGAUCCGAAAAUGGCCAAGCUGCGGGAGAAAGAGUUUAGAAAGAAAUUCAAGUUUGAAGGGCCCAUCCGAGUUCUGUACAGCAUGAUGGUGGACCCGAAUGCCAGUCUGAAGAAGGCCGGGAGCAAAGAGCUUCCGCUGGUCCGUGGAGAGAUCCUGGAGGUGAUCCAGGAGACCAGCAAGAAGCGCGUGCUGUGCCGGAACAGCGAGGGCAAAUAUGGAUAUGUGCCCUUGAUUCACCUCCUGCAUGAGGAGAAUGAUGUUUAUGAUGACAUUGACACUGCUUCAGAUAUAUAUGAUAAUGACGACAGCUGACCUGUGUGGAGACGACGGGAUCAUCCACAGUGUUUUCCCUGAGAGACUGAAGUGCUUUGAACACACUUGCUUCAGGAAACUGAAGCUCAAAGCUUUGUAUAUUGUAGAAAUAAUUAUUAUGGAACAUUAUAAUCAUAAGAAUUGUGAAAAAAAUAUUUUGUAAAGAUUUUUACUUGUAAUUAUCAUAGGGAUGAUUUAAUAUUUGUUAGAUUUGAUACUGUUGCAUCUUUCUCUUUUGUGCUAUUGACAUUCCAGCACUUUUAAAAGAAAUAAAGUUUUAUAUUUCAUUUUA